AUGACGUACAGAGAUUUUCAGAUCCCCAUUAUUAGAUCGUUGAAUACCAGACAAAGUAGAUGGGGCUUGAACCUGAAGAAAAUGAGAAUUCGCAGCAGAGUCACUGGCAGGGAAGCUGCUAUAGCACCACUGUUCACAGUCAGAAUCCAGUUGCUGCUCCUGCAGGUGGUCGGCUUUCUUCUUGGCCUUGUAGGCCAAGAAGCUCGAGCCUUUGGCAGCCCCAGGUUUCACUCAAGCACCCCAAGGCCUGUGACUGAUCCAUUACUCCUGCUUUUGGGGAUGCAGAUGGCCAAGCUGAUCCAACAAAGGAAGGUGAAAUGCAUAGAUGUUGUUCAGAUUUUUAUCAACAGAAUCAAGGAUGUGAACCCAAUGAUCAAUGGAAUUAUCAAGUACAGGUGAACAUUUUUACUCUCUCAUGGUCAUGCUGUAGAUAAAAAGCUUGAAGAGAAGCAGGAAGAUGAAGCCAUCCUGGAAAAGAAAUGGCCUUUCCUUGGGGUUCCUUUGACAGUCAAGGAAACUUUGCAGCUAAAAGGUGUGGUCUCCAACAAGGGUCAGUUUCCCAUGGCCAGGGGAGCCCAGGAGAUGUUUAUGUUCACUGGCCCAAUGUGCCGCUAUGCUGAGGUUAUGGCAUGACCUGGGAUGAAAAAGUUAAAACUCAAUGGAAAGGUACAUUUAAGGGAUUUGAAAUUUUACUAGAUGGAACAUAAUGGAGGCUCAUAUUUAAUGUCAAAAGUGGACCAAUAUCUCAUUCUGGCUCAGAAGAAGGUAAUUAUAAAAAGAAUAUCUUUAAUGCAAUUCAUUUUUAGUCAAAGAGAUACCAUUCUAACCCCAUUCCUUCAUUGCUUGCCAGAUAUUUAUGUGUGA